GACGUGUUCCCUGUGGAAUUUGGGCCCAAGUAUGACACUGCAAUACAGAUGCUGAUGUUAGAAUUCCUUUCCAGACUGGAGAAGUUACUUCCCCUACCAGACCUUGAACAGACUGCCUCCUUGUUAAGUGCUGUCCCCUCUGCCCUGGAGAAAUGUGUACAGUUUGUACCUGACCCCAAACAAUUGAGGACCCUGCUCCAGUACCACAGAAAGCGUGGACAUUUGGACUCCAUUGGGUUAUCUUUUCCUCUACCUGCCCUGCGCCUGUUCAUCCCACCGCUGCGGCUGUUUUCUGCAGCGAUGUGGCAAGUGGCCCAACGAGGGGAUAUAAUGGGAUACGGGAAGCUGGAAGAGUUUGUGACAUUUGUUACAGAGACGGUUCCAGAGCUGCUCGGUUUCAGACAGAGAACCCAGCUCAUGUUGGGCUUACGAGCAAAGUUGGUUUUGGAGUUGUGCCGCACGGAGCAGACAGCAGGACUUCAGAGCCAUCUGGACAGGAUCCACGCUGCAAGAUCACAUCCGGGGGAUCCAGACUUUUGUUGUGCAGAAGCGGAAGCCUCUAAAUCAAAUUUCCUUGCACUGGUACAAACUCUUAUCCAAGACCCAGUUGAGAGGGAACAUUUCUUCCAGGAAGUGUUUCCUGUAGACUAUGGACCCAAGUAUGACUCUGCCCUGCAAGGAUUAAUGUGGGAGUUUCUCUCCAGGCUGGAGCAGCUCCUUCCUGUACCAGACCUCAAACAGACAGUGUCUUGGCUCAAUGCUGGACCCUCUGUCUUGGAAGAGUGUGUCAACUCUCUAUCUCAGCCUCUGCAGUUGAAGACUCUACUGCAACAUCAUAGAGAACUAGGAUAUUUGGACACCAAUGCAACUUCUUCCUCCUCUGCUGGCGACUGCAUCUUCUCCUCUCUGUCUCUCACUCCGGUAGUGGUGGCGGCCACUAGAAAGACAGAAACAGAGAUCCAAUCAGAGUUGAUGGAUGGUUGUAUGGACCCAGCCUUAUAUGGUGAAGAGAUGGAAACAGAGUCUGUAGUAGUGACUGAAUAUGCAGAAGUGGAGCUGGGGACCAGUACAUACACCAGAGAGGAAAGGGAGUUUAGUAUAGAGAAGACUGAGUCACAGAACCAAAGAGACAGUCAGGCUGACUUGAAUGGGGAAGAGCGGGAGAUGGUAGCCAAUGCAAGCGAGGAAGAACGUCAAGAGGGAGAAGUGGAGGUUAUUUGUGAGGAAGUGGGGCAUCCUAACGGAGACACUGAGCUUGUUUCAGAGGAAACCAGUGCCAUGAACACAGAGGAAGCCGUUUUCUGCGCAGAGGUGGGGGAUGUGUGUGUGGAUCUGGAGUCAAUGAAUAGAGAGGUGGAAAUGAUUUAUGAGGAGGAGGAGCAUGUUGAACAUCCGGAGUUAGUUGGGCCUAUAUGUGCAGAGAAUACAAUUGACAGACCGUCCAACCACUAUGAGAACCCACAUGAAGAAAAUGAUUUCACAGAGGGGCUUGAGAAUGAUGAGCAGGAGAGAAAUGAAGCUGGUUAUGUCCCCCAAACUGUCACGGAUCAAGGAAGUUCCCAAUGUACGCCACAAGAAGUAAUGAACCAGCCAGAACUGGUUCCAUCCUGUCUGCACCAAAAACCCACAUUAGGGUUCCAGAGACUGGACGUCAGUGUCCUGCCUCUCCAAAUGUCCUCCCACUCUCAACCAUUGAGAAGAAACACAAGACUCCAGAUGAAGACCGUGGGAUCAAGAGGUCCCAAUGGAGGGCAGCUCAAGGCAUUGGAGGAGGCUAAUGGGACCUGGGGUGUCCCUUUAUACCUGUCUCCAGACCCAAGGGAAGACUCUGAAGACCUCAGCGCCACUUAUGACAGCUCCACAAUGAAUGGAAAUAAAGGUGGGACGGUGGAGGCUCCCUCUCUUGUCUUCGCCUGCUCUCAGUGCUCUUUUAACCAUGCCGACGAGGUGAACCUCCGGCAACACCUUAAAGCGCUUCACCCAGAGGAGUACAGAAGGAUGCUUGCUGCUGGAGAAAAUGAAACAGAAACCCCUCCAGGGUCUUCCAGCAGCACCCCUCUGAACCCAUGUCUCUCAGACAUUCCCCACAUACUGGGGAAGUCUGGCAAGCAUACAUCACACUCCAAAACAUGCUCUGUGUGUGGAAAGACCUUCUCUCGAGCGACAGAUAUGAGGAGACAUCAGAGAUCCCACACUGGGGAGCGGCCUUACAGGUGCACCCAAUGUAGGAAGACUUUCCAGUAUUCCUUCGACUUGAAAAGACACCAGCGAAAGGGCCUAGGGUCAAGGCCGUUACAGUGCUGCGCGUGUGGAGAGAGCUUCGAUCGGGAGGAAGAUCUAAAGACACACUGCAGUGUGGCUCAUUUAGCAGAUUCGCCAGUCUCUGAUGACUUUGGGAUCAAGUUAAACCUCCCAGCAGGCCUUGAUAGUGAGCAGUGUCCCAGCGAAGAGGGUGAACACAAAUGUCCAGAAUGUGACAUGUCUUUCUGUCAGAUAUCCCAAAUGAAGCGACACCAGCUGAUUCACUCUGGUGGUGACCCGCUGCAGUGCAACCAGUGUUUGAAGAAAUGUCAAAACUCGGAUGCCCUCACAAAACACAUGCAAAUGCACAAUGGCGCGCGACCAUUCCAGUGUUCAAUAUGCAACAUGAACUUCACGCAGCUAGUUUGUCUUAGGCAACACUAUUUGAAUGCUCAUAAGGAAGAGGGUUCAUUUCUGUGUUCCCAUUGUCCUAAAAAUUUCUCAAGGCUAUCGAACUUGAUCAAACACCAGAGAACUCAUACAGGUGAGCGGCCUUACCAGUGCUCUCAUUGUCCAAAGAGAUUCACACAACUACAGAUCUUGACUAGACAUGAGAGAAUUCACACAGGAGAGAGACCAUUUCUUUGCCCUGACUGUGGAAAAAGAUUUCUGUCCUCUGGUGAAUUGUCAAAACACCUUCAGUGUCACUCAGAGGAGAGACCCUUCCCUUGUCUGGAGUGUGGAAAGACUUUCAAGGCCAAUCGGUUUUUAAAGAAACACUUACAGACUCAUACAGGGGAGCGUCCUUUCCCCUGCUCACAGUGUGGGAAGAGAUUUUCCAAGUCGACUGAUCUGACCAGGCAUAAUCGCAUGCAUACAGGGGAGAGGCCACAUAUGUGCUCUCAGUGCGGUAAAAGUUUCUUAACUUACUCCGAAGUGGUGAAACAUCAGCGUUACCACACUGGAGAACGACCAUUCAAAUGUGAGCAGUGUGGGAAAAGUUUUACCCAGUCCUGCUAUCUUACAGUACAUAAGCGUAUACACACAGGAGAGAAGCCCUACUCCUGCAGCGUGUGUGGAAAUCGCUAUAACAGCACCACUCCACUGAAGAGACACAUGCUCAGCCACACGGGAGAGAAGCCAUACGUGUGUGCUGAAUGUGGGAAGGCUUACAACAGAUUGCAUCUUCUGCGUACACACGAGCGAACUCAUGCAGCAGUUGAGGCUGUUUGUUGACGAUAUUGCUGUGUCAUUGCUAUUCAUAUGUUGUUUUUUGGAAUGUAAAGUAAGACAGGCCAUUUGUAUUAGAGGCCUGUAACAACAAGAGUUGAGCCUCAUACUGUGAAUUGUUAAUUCUGUCACAGCUUGGAACUUGAUUGUAUAUUUGAGAUGUGCUUUUUGCUGCCAGAAAUCAUACAUCAAAGGGCAUAUUAUUUUAUUUAGAUUACGUACCUUGUUUUGACAUUAAAAAGAGAGAAGUAUUG